CAGCGCGGGUCCGGUCGCCAGUACGUCCACACAGGACAGCAAAGUUGGCACUGCGCUUCGGGCGGACGCGAACCUCCCGUACCGUUCCACAAUCAAGAGACACCGGUCAGGAAUCCAUCCGUUUGAGGCCAAUGUCCCAUCUCCGCGAUGCUCGCCCAGCUCGCACCGACAGUCGGCGUCGCGAAGACGACGGCUCAGCAGAUGACAGUGAUGCUUGACGCUCAUGUUUGAAAUGCCACGCGCGCCUCAUGGUUCCCUCCUUGCGUCUUCUCUGUCGCGAUGCUCGUUCGUUGGUUCGGCUGAUAUCAGCAUGAUGUGUCCUCUCGCUCGCCAUCGAAGCAGCCGCAGUCUCACCGGCUUGGGCCUGGCCUGCACUUUCCCAUCCUCCUCCCGUCGGAAGCGACGAAGACGACGUCCGCAACGAUGCUGGACUCUGCCGUGCCUGCCGUUGGAAGACGCAAGCAGUCAUCCAUAUCCCCCAGUCGCCACCUGGCUGCCCUCAAUUCCAUUCUCCAACCUCAGUCUCGUCUUCGAUCCAACGUGCAGCACAUCACUUUUAUCGCCCAGCAAUGCUCUAACCGUGGUCUCUCCUCACGUAUCUGCUUGGCAACCGCUCCUUUUUGCUUCGUCUUUAAGCAGAUAUAGUUUGAAAAAAUGGCGGCAGAGCUGUGUUGCACCGCUCCCAGAUCCAUGACACCUCCUGAACCUACCAUCAAGCGCAGGCUGAGGCUGGCCAAUACGCAUAUCUCAGCUGGGCCCACAGAUGGCACAGAUUCACACCACAUGACCGCUCGAAGUGAAAACUUACGCGAGAUUCAACGCCUCUUCGAAGCAAACACCAUAAAUGCCCUCGCCUUGCCUCCAGGACCGAUUUCUAACGACUUGUCGACAUUUGGUCCUAAGCACUCUAAGCUCAAGUCGUUUUUUCGCCGGCAUUUGUCGCUUAGUCUAUCCAAGCCGGUUAUCGAGCGAGGGGGCCCAAAGAAGAACAGGGACAUCAAGAAUGAAAUUCGCACUAAUCUUCUCACGGACAGAGGCCCAGAUUCUGGCGGCUAUGACUCUGAUGCCGCCGUCCUAGAAAAUGCUGACGAACCUCCAACACCAGAAAAAGACCGUAAUGCAGGCGCACCACAGGCUAGAUCUGAAACUCGACACCACACAGUUGAACACUGUGAACCUAAUGUUAACCGUCGAUCUCUGCCUAUGCCAUUGGCACUGCCUCAGCUCUCGUUCAAUAGUCAAGGCCUGCGCCGUUCACGUUCGAUGACGUCGAUUCCAAGUCUAAGGGGCACGCCGGAACAAAUUCCAAUGCGACUGCCGUCAUUCUCCUCUGAAAAAGAGACUUCCCACACAUGGAAGAGGGGAGUCAUGCAGAGCCUGAAUAUCGAUUCUCCUUCUAUUCCACAGCUUGUGUCUACGCCCGUUAGGCAAUCAGGGCAGAGCGAGCUUGAUCAUGCUACAUCGCCAAUGCGAGAGACCAUCCUAGCAACGGAUUCCCGGCUUCUGACUGUUCAGGAAUCAUCCACGUUCAGCCACCCGCCAAGCGAAUCGGGAAGCCUGCCUUUAACAGGAACUCGUCCAUCCGAGGAUUGUUAUAGCCACGCUGACACCAAGACAUCAUUUGAAAGAAGGCUCGCCUCACGCUAUGGGAGUUGCUCGUCUUCAAGCGGAGCAAGACCUCAUUUUUUCAUGAGACCAGAAAGGCGCCCGAAUCGCUCCUCUGCUGUUUCCCUUCACUUGUAUAGCAUGGGGAUUUCGCAGCAUCUCCGUUCCACGUCUUCCUUCAGUAUCAGUGAGGGCAGAAAUGAUGCAGUUUCAAACCCCUUAUCAACAACGCCCUUUCGAUCUCUGACCCCGCCCAAAAAGAGGAACAAAUCAAGUCCCUCCUAUGAGAGUGAAGAGUUACCGCCUUUGCCACCUAGUGGCGAAAGGGACACUGGAUCAUCAACAUACUCGUCCAAAUCAAGAAUUUCGAAACGUUCCGACGUUCUGAUCAGAACGAUAGAAUAUGAUGAAGGACCUAACGAUCGCGCGCGCACGCCGCACAGUACUGACCUUCCGACGGCUGCAAUGCCGAAGAGUGAUCUAAACAAACAUUCUAGUUCUCAAGCCUACAAACCUGGACUGCCGAACAAUCCAAGCAUUAGCAAUCUGAGCGAAAUGAGCACAAAGUCAAGCAAAGUAAGUCGUUUCAGGGAGGAUUUUGAGAUCGGCGACAAAAAAAGGUCGAAGAAGCGGGCUUCUAUAGUCAAUUUGUUUAACCAGCUCACUACAAACCCCCUUCAGCGUCGAAAGAACGGGAGCGUUGAAAGUCUUGACGGUCCGUUGGACGAACCAAUGCGCCUUCAACAAGCCAUGGCUUUAAGUGAGCGCAAUGAUGCUGCCGGCCUACUGGCAAAAGCAAUUCGCGACAAGCAAGUAGAAAAAUCGGCUCUAUAUUUGAGCGACAACAAACAAGCCGCUCAAUAUGAAGUCUUUCGACAACGAAGCUCGUCCUUUGGUCGACCCAAGGGCGAGCCACACAACGAUGAAAAUCAAUCUGUUGAUGCAGAUCAAAGCCAUGUGUCACGAGAAUGGCAUCAUCGUUCUAACCACGGAACACUCCAAGAUCCUGAUGCUCCAACGCCAAAUUCGUAUGCUCCUUCACUUGGUCCAACGCUUCUUAAUCAGUGUACCCGUCGUUUAACUUCUGAUUUUAUAACACCUGUCUUUUCUCAUUUGGAAGACUUGACUGUAGAGCAACAGCGUAGCCAGAUUCAAAAGAAGUCUUCCAAAAACAUUGAUCCGACUUCAGUCGAUAACGUCGAACAUGAAUCGAACCUCCAGCUCAAUGGCGUGCAUGCAUCUUUGAAGAUCUCAGGACUUGCUAUUGCAUCCGGCAGGGCAGAAAGUAUCUACACGUCUAUUUCCAACGAUCAAAUAGUUGAUCUUGACGAUCCUAACCUUGAUCUUGGUCCCUGGUCACGUUAUCCCAGUCACACACGAGACCAGCGUACUGGAAGUGCAGGUAUCAAAGACCAUGUCAAGACGCGCGAUUUCGCGUAUAAUGUUAAUCCUCUUAAUAUCAAUAAUGAUCCAUCAGGCAAUGACUGCGACAGCUCUAGACUGAAAAAGCGAGGUAAAAAUAAAAGGCGUGCUGGUACAUUACCCAAGAGCAAGAGUAUGAUCAUUAGCAAGGGACUGCGCAACUAUGCUAAAAUGUUCACACGAUCAUCGAGCACCGAAUUUUUUCACUAUGGGAAAGGACAUCGUUCCAGUAUAAGCACUGGUGGUCACUUAGAGUACCCUGAGCUUGAAAUUCUCCCACCAGUCUUCGCCCCGAUUCCAAUCAUUCCGGACCGGAGAAGUGAAGAAGAAGAAGCAGAAGAAAAAGAUGGCGAAGACUCUGGACUUGCACCAGGCAAAGAUGAAAUUGAAAUGAAGCAAACGAGGCUGAGGCGUGCUGAUCAUGAUCAAUCCCUCUCAGACUUCACAAUGAUCGGACCGUCACGCUUAGACGGGCCAACGGACGCGAAAGAGACUGAUGCAACGGCUCGCGAACUGGGAGAAACUUGUCCUAUAGCCAGUUCUCCAGCACUUGUCUCUCGGCUUACAGCUGAAGAUGGGACGGUUGCCACAUCAGCGCUAACUUACGCUCGCGACUACGAGUCCUGCGUUCGUUUACCUCCAAGUACAUCUCAUUCGACAACUUCUUGUCAAUUCAAGCUGUUACAAGACGGGGACUUUCAUUGUCACUCUAAUCUUGAUUUUUCAAACUCACCGGAUGAAUAUUUGAUUGACAAAAUGCUGGCAUUACAACCGGCUUCAGUACAUCUUUCUCCUCUGCCUUCGCCGCUAGACUCACCCUUGCUGGCCCCGAAGCAGUCUAUGAGUGAAAGUGCUAACCAAAGGAAAUAUGAGCAUCGAAUGCAAUCAAAGAGCAUCAGCAGUGUAACGAGUUUAAGAGCCAGCUCCAUGGAUCUGCUCAAGACUCUGAAAGAAGCCGAGGAACGCGAACGUAAGCGCACCUUAGAAGAUUUGCUGAGCAAGACAAGCGACAGCUUUUCAAAUGACAGGAAAGCAUCUGCAGAUAUGAAUACCAGGAGUGCUAUAACAGAGAGGGCGCACCUUACAGCCUCGGAGUACGACGUGCCAGGAGUGCUCGGGUCGAAACAUCAAACUUGGCCUGAAGCGAAUCGAGGCAAAAGCACCACGAUUGAGGCCAGAUAACUCCUCUGUGAGGAUCAAAAGUUACUUGAACUUUCGAGGGAUAUGCUAUUCCGUGCAUGUUGCUACGACACCAAUGCUGUAG